GCAUGGGUUCUCAUCGCGAACAUUAGGAAACAUUGUUCAAAAAAAUUUCAAUAGAUGACGCUAAUAGUACCGAUUUGUAAUUAAAGUUUCUUUAAAAGCCAAUAAUCGAUAAAUAGGCACUAAAAUUAUGUUUUAUAAUUUAAAAGUUAUACUCCAACCAAAAGUUAAUCAAAGAUAUUGGCAUUUAAUGGAGAUUUUUAUAUUUUUAAAUUUAGUGGUUACUCUAGCGGAUUUACGUCGGAACUACGUCGAGUAUGGAGCUUGUUGAGGGGUUGAACGUUCUUGUUUUUAUUAACGCCAUCUAUAAUUAUGUGUAAGAAGCUUGCUUAAAGUUGCGCCAUCUAUCGUUAAUUAUUGCAACAUCGAUCUAGCUUUGCCACAGAUAAUAAAAUAUUACGUUUUUAAAAGUUUGUGUUUAUUUGCAAAAUACAUUUUAUUGAAUUAAUUAAAUGUUUAGUUGUAAUUCUCAUAAAUUAUAGGAGAUACAAUAUCAAAUUUAAAAAAAAAAUAUAACCACCUAUAAAUAUCAUUUAAAACUAAAUUUGAGAACAAAAAAAACGCAACUUUCAAAUAACGUAGGUAGGUUAGUAACCUACCUAUGUUUGAAAAUGUUUGUUUUCGUUUGAAUUACGAGUCGAACGCGCCUUCUACGUUUUGUGUAUUGUGGUUUACAAACUGACCCUGGACUGAAAUCGGACUUUGAUUUGGCUUCAUGAAACCUGCUUUCACGUAGCGGCACAGGAACAGUGGUUAUAAAAAAUGACUGCACACAAUUGUUCUUAUUAUAAUUGUACAAAUUCUUCGGAACAGAAGUCAAUGUUCCGUUUUCCGUGGGAUGACGUCAACCGCCUAAAAGUAUGGCUUGAGAAUUGCGGUAAUAUGAACAUUGCCCACUUGCCUGCAGAAAAUUUGCGGUCAAGGUAUUUAUGCAUUGACCAUUUCAAUAUCAAGUAUGUACGAAAUGAGACUGGUCAUAGAAAAAGACUCCAGAGAAGUGCAGUUCCAGAACCAUAUCAGACUCAAGACGUUCAAAAUCGCUCAAGCACUUCCUCACCAGGUUCAUCAGGUACUUUUAAAGUACUGACACCGAAAAAGGUGUACAAAAAUAAACGGCUUCGCGACUGCGAACUUGAAGAGCUCGUGGAGCCGCCAGCAUUAGCAUACCAGUGCAACACGCCGAAGAGAAGACGGUUGUCAAUUACUGAAGACACGCCAAAAUGCAAAGUGUUAAAAAAGAAAUUAGUAUUGUAUCUAACAAUAACAAAAUGUAAUACCUUUUGAAUUAAAGAAGUAGUUUAAUUGAAUA